UCUCAGGUGGGCCGAGCUAGCAAGUCUGAAGAGUUAAUGCAUUUAAUGUCCCUUAAUUAUUCCUGCCAUGACCGUCUCAGUAGAGUUUGGUCUUGUCAAUGCAGCCAACCGGUACUUGACAGCUGAACCUUUCCGUUUCCAGGUGGCAGCCACAGGCAAGCAGCUGAAGCCCCGCCAGGUGUGGAUACUGCAGUUUGUGACCCCACAUGGAGCUGGGGCGGCCGGCCCAGGAGAAGGGGCUGGCCAGAAACUUCACCUGAUCAGUGCCCUCAAGCGCUAUUUGGCAGCUGACACGAACGGCAAAGUUACCUGUGAUCAGGAUAAACCAGGACCUCAGACCUUCUUCCUGCUACAUCAGUAUCCAGAUGGCAAGGUGACCCUUCAGAAUGAGCAGUCCAAGCGCUUCUUGGGUGGGGCAGAGGAGAAUGUCACUUGCUUUGCCCAGGUGGCCACUGAAACUGAAAAAUGGACCCUGCACCUGGCAGUGCACCCCAAUGUUGCCAUCUACAGCCCCAACAGGAAGCGUUAUUUGCGCUGUGAUGACAAAGCCGGGAUGCUGCGCUGUGAUCGUGAUAUGCCCUGGGGAGCUGAAUCAGUCAUCACGCUCUACUAUGAUUUCGUAGGUCCGCAGCCCGAGGCAAACUCUGCUGACAGAAGGCCAUUUUUCGGCCCCCAACACAUACCAGUGAAGAAAUAUGGCUUAAGGAAUGGGGGUGGCAAACUCCUGGCUUCCAAUGGCUCACUGGUGCCAGAGAUCACCCCACAAACUCUCUACUCCCUGGAGGUGAACGGUGGCUUGGUGGCCUUCCGGGAUGAGGAAGGAAAGUACUUGACUGGGCGUGAAGGUGGCAUGAGAGCUAUAAAGAUGGACAAACCUGGACGGGAUGAACUCUUCAGCAUGGAAUCCAGCCCUGCCCAGGUCUCAAUUCGCUCCUCAUCUACUAGCAAGUUCAUCUGCUGCAGGCCAGGUGCUGACCUCUAUGCCAAUGCCAUGGCUGUAGGGAACACAGAGAUCUUCCAGCUGCUGUUUGAUGACACCACAAAGAAGGUCUGCUUCCGUGGCUACUGUGGGACAUACAUGUCCUUGGGUCCCAACGACUGUAUUGUCAGCGGCAGCAAGCAGGACAAGAAUGUCUGGUUUGACCUCCAGUAUCAGGAGCAGAAGGUGUCGCUGCGCAUAGGUGACAAAUAUGUGUCCAUGCGGCCUAAUGGACAGCUCCUGGCCAUUCCCAAAGUGGCAGGUAAGAGUGAAGACUUUCUGCUGGUGCUGGUGAACCGGCCACUGCUGGUCCUGCACAGUGAUGCUGGCUACGUGGGACUGGGCAAUAGUGUGAAACAUCUGGAAGCAAACUGUGUCAGCUAUGUUGCCAGCAGUCUGUCACUCACAGAAGAAGGCUACUACAACUUCCAAAUUGGCAAUAACUACUGGGCCCUGGAUAAAGACGGACAAAUCAUGGCAGCCAGUGACCACCCCAGCAAUUUCACCAUCCAGUUUGCAUCCUCCAGCUGCCUCAUCCUCAAAGCUUCCAACAACAAGUUUAUUGUGGCUGAACAAGGAGGCCGUUUCUGGGCUGGAGCUUCAGACUCAUCUAAUGCAACACUGUUCCAUUACUGAGGGCUUCUCACCCUAUUAUGCCCACCAAUAAACGCCUGCUGUGUGGGCUCUGAUCUCUGGGAAA